AUGAAGGACACUGCUGCUGCCUCUUUAAACUCUCCCCGCCUUAGGCGGCUCCCUUCUGGUCAUUAUAGACGUAUUGCUGCAGGGGACGAGCUGCCCCUGAUGCAGCUGCUGCUGUGCAGCUGCAUGCAAGCAGCACCAGAGUACGAGCUCCUAUACGAGAGCCCACGGGGCCCCACAUCUUACCGCAGCAGCAGCAGCAGCAGCAGCAAGCGCCCUGCCCGCAGCAGCAGUCAUAAGCUGCGGCAACAAAAGUCACACAAAGAGCAGCAGCAGCAGCCACAGCAUCAAGAAACGCUGCAGCACAAAUUGUCCAGCAAGCAGGAGCAGCACGAGCAGCAGGAGCACCAGCAGCACCAGCACAAAAGCAUUACCUGGGCAGACGCCGGAGGCCCCUCUGAGCACAGCGCAGACACAUCUGCGGAUACAGCGCAGCAGAGUGUGCUGCAGGACCAAAGCAGCAGCAGCAGCAACGGCAGCAGCGGCAGCGCCAGCCGCAGCAGCAGAAGCAGCAGCAUACUUGCUGCUGUUGCUGAUGCUGCACCUCCACCAGAGGAGCCUUCAAUAACUCCGUCAGAAACAACGCCAAGGGUAGCUCCUGCAGCAGCAGCACCAGCAGCGCCACCAGCAGCAGCACCAGCAGCAGCACCAGCAGCAAGCAAGCAGCAAGAAGUGCCCCGUGCUGUGUCCCUUAAGAAAAAGGAGACAGGUGGAUUAGGGAGACAAACAAACAGCAGCAUAAGAAGUGCAGACAGCAGCAUAAAGAAAGAUGCAGCAAAGAGAAUCAGCAGCAGCAGCAGCAGCACGUACUACAUAAAGAAGCGCAGCAGCAAACCUGUAGCGCCUGUUGCAGCAGCACCGAUGCAGAAAACCCUUAGUAAAGAGCAGCAGCAGCAAGCUGCUGUUGCUGCUGCUACACAACAACUGCAGCAAAGGCAGCAAUCCGUGCAGCGGCUAAGAUCUAAGAUUGCUCAUCAGCAGCAAAAAGCUGCUGCUGCUGCUGCUGCUGCUGAAGGACCAGAUCAUUCUCUUGCUGAAAAAAUCGAAGUCGAUAUUGCUGUAUUCACAGGGCAAGUAGAACUAGAAGGAGACAAAGCGCAAAUGUUUUUGCUUUGCGGAUUCCUCAAUGACAGUCUUGGAGACCUAUUGAAUCAUACUCGUAAUCGUACCGAGCCUGUUUCCUUUCAUCCAACAGAUGAAGAACUUCAACUUCAUGUUACUCAUAGGUUUGUAUUACCAUUAGAUCAAGAAGCAGCAGCAAUAAGAUUAACAUUAAUAAUAACACAAGAGGUAGAGGAGACAAUAAAAAAUACAAGAAAAAGGACAUGGAAAUUAAGAGACUUUGGUUGUAUUAUUAUUCCUCUUGUUAAUCUUAAACAACCUAAUACGAUUGAUUGGUCAUCUUAUCCUGUCUCUGUCUCUGCUGCAUUUUCUGGGCGUGGUACUGGUAGUCUUCGUUGUAAGUUAACUUCUUACCUACAGAAUGAUGGACCUCCUAUCCCUCAAGACACCAUUGAACCCUUCCAACCCCCGCAAGGAAUAACAAAAAUUCGCAAUAUUAGAGAAGAAGGGCAGCAUGCAGCAGCAGCACCUUCUCCUGUACGCAUGCGCAGACUGAGCAGCAGCAGCAGCAGCAACAGCAGCAGCAGCAGCAAAGGGUGUGGGGUUGUAUAUGCAACAAAGAAUGGGGAUGUAAUAGAUGGCAGAGAUCUCCUUAGAAGUUCUUCUUCCUUAGAUUGCUCCCUGCAGCCAUCGGGGGCCCUUACACACACCUGGCAGCUGCAGCACAGGCAGGCCUCCUUGCUGCUAAAGCAGCUGCAGCGGCAGCAGCACAAGCAGCAGCAGAAGCAGCAGCAGGAGAAAAAAUUCGGUGUACACGCGGAAGAGGAGACAGUAAAAGGGUCAUUUACCAGCAGCGGCCGCAGUACCCCACAGUCGCUGCUGCGUAGCUUAUCUCCUCGCGUGCAGCGACUGCAGCAGCAGCAGGCCUUUUCUCAUGACACACACAACGACACAGAAGGAAUUCCCACUUAUGCAAUGAAUCGGCGGGCAGUUGUUGAGGCCCCCACAUGCAAUGCUUCUCUUCCUUGGGCAUGCUGCAGCAGCACUACCAAUAGAGGCAGCAGCAGCAGCAGCAGCAGAAGCUUCAAAAAACAGCCAACCCAAUGCUCCCUCUCAAGCGUGUACCAGGAAGAAGGGAGCCUCUGCAGCAGCCGCAGCAUAGAUGACACUUAUAGCACCAUCAGCAGCAGCAGCAGAAGCAGCAAGAGCAACAGCAGCAGCAGCUAUGCACCUCCUCCCAAAGCAAUUAGCCCUCCCCUUAAAAAGGCAGCUCAGCUACGCCGACCGCACCAAUCGCAGCUGCAGCAGGAAAAGCAGCAACAACAGCAGCAGCAACUGCAGCAACAACAGCAGAAGCUGGUAUUGCUGCAGGCCUCUCGGAAACAGCAGCAACGGAGGCCGGUGGUGCUGCACGCGAAGCAACAGCAGGAGCAGGAGCAAGAACAACAACUGCUACAGCAACAGCCGCCGCAGCAGCAGCAGCCGCAGCAGCAACAGCAGCAGCCUAUCUCUGCUGAACUGCGGGAUUUAUCUCUAGGGAUGAAGAGCCUCUUAGAAGAAAUUCGGUUCAAUACCCGCAGACUGCAGCAGCGGCAGAAGCAGGAGGAGGACGAGCAGCAGGAGAAGCAGCAGCAGAAGCACCACCAGCGGGUACUACCUGCAGUUCCCAAGGCAAGGAGACUGAGUGCAGCAGAACUGCAGAAGGAGCAGCAGCAACUACAGCACGACCAGCAAAGCUGCUUGGCUAUUCGCCAUGGAUUCACGAGGCCUUCAUUGGCUGGCAGGUGUUGA